UUCGGUUUCUUUUUUUUUUUCCUUCUACCUGCGGAGUGCGGAGUGGGGUUGCCUCGCGGUGGCAUCGGCCGUAAAUAAGCCCAACUCCAGCCCAUUCUCGUUUCAACCCUUUGCUCCGGCCGAGGACGAGUUCUCGCCGGAGGGGAGACCGCCGGUGGCAAUUUGCAACGCAGGAAGGAAAUCCAUUUCUCUGGUUUGGUGUUUUUUUCCGCCAUCCGUGGGUUUGGGACCCUGGAGAGUUAGGCGAUGGGUAACGCUUCCGUGAAGGAGGGGGAGAACGGCAACGGCGGGUUUGCCGAGGGAUCGGAAGAUCGUGACUCUGGAACGGGCUCUGACCUUCAGACGCAGAUGGAUCAGAUGGGGUUGUCGCAGCCGGAGAGCCCGCGGAUGACUCGAUCGCCGCUCAUGUUUGCACCUCAGAUUCCAUUAACUCCAUUGCAAAGAGCAGGUGACGGGCCUUUAGUUUUCAAUCAUACUCAGAUGGAUCACUCUGAUGGAACGCUUGAUGUCCCACCUGAAAAUGGAAUUCCUACACUAAUCACAUGGAGCCUCGGAGGGAAUGAAAUCUUGGUUGAAGGAUCAUGGGACAACUGGACCUCAAGGAAAACAAUGCAGUUGAGUGGUAAAGAUUAUUCCACACUAUUGGUUCUUCCUUCCGGGGUCUAUCAUUACAAGUUCAUUGUCGAUGGUGAAUUGAGAUACAUUCCUAAUCUUCCUCACAUGACCAAUGCAAAUGGACAAACUGUGAACAUUCUUGAUGUCUCUGAGUAUGUUCCAGAGAUUCUCGAAGGUGUUUCCGAGUUUGAGGCUCCGCCAUCUCCCCACUCCAGUUAUGGGGUAUCAUUACCUGUUGAUGAAGACUUUACAAAAGAGCCACCAGCACUUCCAUCCCAGCUUCAACUCACAGUUCUUGGUUCCCAAGAUGCCGAGGAAUCUUCUUUGAAACCACAACACGUUGUUCUCAACCAUGUCUUCAUCGAGAAGGGACGGGCAUCCCAAUCGCUGGUUGCCGUCGGUCUCACCCACAGGUUUCAGUCUAAGUAUGUGACCAUGGUGCUGUACAAACCAAUGAGAAGGCAAGAGUAGAAAAAAAGGUACUGUUUCUUCUUCAGCAGAGCUUUGAAAGACUUGCUAGUUCUUGAUCAUGCCUAUUGAUUCGAAUUGUUCAGAUUGAGAUCUGAACUCGGUCUUCAGUUUCAGAUCUAUUGUAGAUUCACUGGUUGGUCUGAUCUGACCUUAAAAAAAAACAUGGUUUUCCAGUCGCAAACGGUGUUUGGACUUGAGUGCAGCCCUCUGUGGUGUAAAGAAUAUUUACUAUAGAUGGCAACCUCUCGACACUAGUUUUUUUCUCCUGUAAGCGUGUAUUAAUAUCAUGAAAAAUUACGUUAAUUUCGUAA